AUGUCUUUUUUAACACGGAGCUUUAGGUCAUGUUACCCUGUGUGUCGUUACCUUCAGACACCAAAGUAUACAGUAUUCAGCCCACAUGUAACAAGGACUUUCUCUACACCUGUGAGAUCGUGGCAUCCUGCGUUAACAAAAUCUCAUACUGAUACUCAAAUUGUUCAAAAAAAAACUCUCAAACAUUUCACCACAACAUGCAGUCUGCACCAGCUUAUCGAGAAAACGGACGCUGUGGAGACAGAAACAGUUGAUAAAACCCAGCAGAAAUUGGCGGAAAUUUCACCCCGAUUGGGCUUGGUUUACACAUGCAAGAUUUGUAACACUAGAAACAGUCACACUUUUUCUAAACAGGCAUAUCAGGAAGGUGUUGUUAUAGUCAAGUGUGUCGGUUGCAAAAGUCAUCACUUAAUUGCAGACAACUUGGGCUGGUUUAAGGAUGUUAAUAAAAGAAAUAUUGAGGAGAUCCUGGCUGCCAGAGGAGAAGAAGUGAAAAAGAUAACAGAUCUGGAUAUACCUGAGAACCUGUUAGAUAUACUGAAUACAAGACCAGAAAAUAGUGAAUAA